CAUUUUAUGCAGCAACUUCACACCGGUUGCGUUGUCAUACGUCCAACGAAACAAAUUGAAUAAUUUUAAAUGUUUAUAACUAUUUGCUAAUUUAAACAUUAUCAUUAACAUUUUGUUAGUUAUGAAAUAUUUUCGUUGCUCAAAAGUUUUUGAAAACGAAGUAGAUGUAUCAAAUCCGUAUUUUUAUCCUUCUCGGAUAAAACUAGAAAAUGGAUUCCUGCAACGUAAUAAAUGAUGGAUGUAAUUUCCAUUAGAAGUGGACAUUUUUAUUUGAUGAUUAAUAGCGUCAAUUAGGAAUUAUUUAUAAAAUAAUACUAAUAUGUCUUAAUGACUAAUUAAUAUGGAUAUAUAAACCUAAUAUUUGGAAUGAUGUUGAAUAUUAUUUAAAAAAAUGUUUCACGUCAUCAUUUUGCUAUUGGUUCAAAUGAUAGUUUUUAGUUCUGCUCAAAUUUUGAGCGUUGAAAAUGCAGACGGAUCUUAUUCUAUUGGUUUAUGGAAUUCGGAAGGGCAGGGUAGUACUGCCGAUGCCGUAUUGGGGUUGUUAUCGUUGGCUGCAGGAUGGACGCCGACGUCGCUUAAAUAUCCCGAUCCUAACGUCGUGUCUAUUGUACCAAGUUUAGAAUAUGUAUUGAAAUCUAUUAGGCAACCGAUAGAAGAAGGAUUGAAAAAUUUACUUUUAAUUAAAAAUAAUAAUAAAAAUGUUGUGAUUUUCGUUUACAGGGUGGUUUUGUUAAUUUUGGAUUUCUUAAAAUAUUAUAUUGGAUCGUCUGACGCGACAGUAUAUAAAUGGUUGGAGAAAAAACAUUCGAAUUAGUAUUUUCAUGAAAAAUAAAUUACGAACGUUUUAUUAAAUUGUGAAAAUUGUCUUAUUAUAAUUAUUAUUUCUAAUCAAAAAUUUUAGAAUUUACAGGUAUGUACUUUGAUUAUUUGUAUCUACUACAAUUUUUUAAAUUAUUUCUUAUUUAAAUGUGAAAAAAAUUAAUAUAUGAGAAUAUUUUCGUAAAUUUUUAUAAAAAAAAUUAAUUUAUACUACCGUGUAGUGAGAAUUUAUAUAUUGGGAUUACUUUCAGUUUGAAAUCUCAACAAAAACACGCUAAUUUGGCGUGUACGUACGUAGUACAAUCCAUUUAUCAAAUAUACAAAUGUACUUCCGGUUUUACUUAUAAUUAGAUUGCUCAACAUCGGGUUAGACAUUUUGAAUUCGAUUCGAUUAUAUAAAUAUAACGUUUUCCAUAGAAAAAUUGUUUAAUUUUACUCGACCUAACCUAAAAAAUAAAUGUAUAUACAAUUUUUGAUAAAUCGUAAAUAACAAUUAUUUUUUUGGUAUCGGUUAUUUCUUUCUUCAAAUAAACCCCUAUAUACGAAAAAAAUACCCCCUAUUCGUAAAAGGCGGAACCGGAAGACAACUAAAACAUCGAGUAAACGAAUCCAAUCAUAGAUAAAAUCGGAAGUAACAAUUUAUGACUUAGACAAAUGGAUUCUACUACUUCGAAAUCGCUAAACUGGCCUUUUAUAUUAUUAUUUUAUAUCGGACAAAUAAGGUAGUGUAAAUAAAAAUUCUAUUCUAGACUUUUGGAAGGCGUUCCUAAAUUCCGUGUAAUUGUUGAGUUUGAAAAAAAAACGAAUUUCCUGAAUACGACUCUGUAUUUCUAUUAAAAUUUUUACUAAAUAAAAUAUGCUAUGAAAAUAAAAUAUAUAUAAUCAUAA